AUGAAAAUUCUUUUACUUGGUACUAUUUUCAUCAAUCGUUUAUUUAUUUCUUUUUAGGUUAUAAAAAUACUAAAAUUAAUUUUUAGGAGGUCCGGAAUCUGGAAAAAGCACAAUUUUUAAACAAAUGAAGUAAGUUUUAUAUAAAAAUUAGACAUGCCUUUCAAAACGAGAAGCGAUGAAAGAAAAUUUAUUUAACUUUUAGGAUUUUACAUAUGAACGGAUUUACGGAUGCAGAUAUGCUCAACUUUCGGUUUUUAAUUUACGCAAACACAACGCAAGCGUUGUACCAAUUGUUAGAGGGUGCCAAGGCAUUGCGCGUCGAAAUUGAUGAAGACAUUAUACACGAUGUCAUACAUUUCCGUACUUACUACGAAACCACUCCGCCGUAUGAGCUAGAAAUGGAUAGAGAGUUGGCCAAUAAAAUGUCUCACAUAUAUAACUCAAGGUUUAUUAAGGCGGUUUUAGAACGACAACAUGAGAUUGUCCUUUUAGAUUCUGCAGUUUAGUAAGCAAUCUUAAUAUUCUAAUUAGGCUUUACUUUAUUGUAAAAACUUACACUAUUUGAUCGUGUAACAUGGUUUUUAAAUGAAAAAUUGAACUGUAUUUUAAAUUAAUUAAAAAUUUCGCGUAAAUAUUUAAGAUCGGUUUUUAAAAAGAAUAAUUAUCAAGUUUAAAUUAAUAACCGAUGUUUUAUACAGAAAGAUAUAGAACCUACAAACAAACAUUUUGCAGUUUCCUGGAUAAAAUAAUGCUGAUUGGAUCGCCCGACUUUCAGCCCUCCCACCAGGAUGCUUUAAGAGCUAGAAUAGCUACAACCGGAAUAAAUGAAAUUGAAUUUAAUUACAAAAAAGUUAGUUUGAAAAUGGUUGAUGUUGGUGGGCAACGGUCGGAACAAAGAAAGUGGAUACAUUGUUUUGAUAACGUUAACGGUUUAUUGUUUAUUGCUGAGCUUUCUGGGUACAACCAGAUGCUAAAUGAUGGAGAAAGAACUGUUGUAAGUUAUUUAAUACAGGAAGUACCCAACCUGCAAUUCUCAAAAUUAACUGAAAGUUUUUAUACGGAUAGUACCAGUAGCACAUAUAUAAACUCUUAGCUUGCGGUUUUAAGUUUUAAAAUUAAUAUUUUUUAUUCUUCCGCCAUUUUGGUAAAUUUGGCAUUCUGUUGCAAGCCUUUUUUGGAGUUCCAGAUAAAAUAGGAUUAAAAUUUUAAAACUGCAGGUUCAUUUGAAGUUUUUCCAUCAUUGUAUUAAAGAAGAAUAAUUAAAUGUCAAAAAAUGACAAAUUUAAAAGCUUUAUACGUCAAUUUGGCGCGAAAUUUAAAACAUGAUUUUUUGAUAUCAAUUUUCUCAUGUCUGCCGUAAACCGCAACUUAGAAUUUUGCAUAAGGUAUUACAUGUACAUGAUUUUCAAUGAAAAAUAUUACAACGAAAUCUGGGCGUUGCAGGUCGAGUACCUACCUUGUAAGUCGUGCUAGUUUAACUGAAUAUAUUACAGUAAAAUGGUUUUUGUUUAUAUUUUAAAAAUUUAAGCCAACGUAUUGUAAUAUUUAAAAGUUUAUACAAUUUUUAUUAAAUUUUCGUUUCUUUGAUAAAUGUAUUAUAACCUUACCCAGCAUUGGUGAAAAAGUAAUGCUUUAUUUAAUUUAUGUUUUGCAGAAUCGACUUAAGUACAGCAUGUAUCUGUUUAAACGCAUUGUUAACAAUCCUUGUUUUGGCAAAAAAACGGCAAUAAUAUUGUUUCUGAACAAAGUAGACGUUUUUCGCGAACGACUAAACGUUUUUCCAUUGACAGUUUGUUUUAAGAGCUACUCAGGCAAGUCAAACUUGUGUUUUAAUCAAAAAGUUUUUGCUGAAUUGUUCAAGUUGUAAAGUUAUUUAUUUUAUAGAAAAUACGUAUUACAUUUCAGGACCAAAUACUUUCGAAAGCUCCGCUAAUUUUGUCACAGACCGUUUCAUGACUGUAGUACCGGCAGAAAUUCAAGAAAAACGUCCUGUAUACACACAUUACACGAACGCUACAGAUACUCGAAACAUUGAUCGUGUAUUUGACAGCUGUAUUGAUGUCGUGUUUAAACUUUCAAUGGAAAAAGUUGGAUUUUUGUAG